CGGAGCAGAAGCGCAGCGGACAGGAAGCCGGAUCCGACCUUCACAGUACGCAUCUAGCACCGGGGGAACAACCGGAGGCUACGGAGCGACAAAACGGAAAUUCAAACAUAAAACCGGACCAUUGAGAGUCUAACUGGGUGUGCGUCUGGGUCUGUAGUUUGGAUAAUCCGUGUAAGGUUCCGUGCGUAAUUGCGCGCCACGCUAUAGUUUUAUUUUGACAUGUCCAUGCCGGUGUGGUGCGCGUGAUAAAAACCCACCUUUACGCACAAAUCGCCGUACAAAACAUACUGUACAGACAUCGCAGCUUCGCGUUUAUCCAACUCCACCGACACUUACUGGAGAACAGCAUUUGUGUGGCGGACUGUAAAACAUGGAUGGUUUAGACUGAGUUGACAGGAUUUACGCACAACCUGGAUACUUUUCCUGCGACUGUUUUCCUCUGGACACUUGGACACUCCUUGUUUUUUGUGCGCUGGAUGUGGACCGAGUUCAGGAGGGAUCCCAGCAAACAUUCCCCAGUGGCUUGUUUUUAGGAAAUGGCAACUGCUCUCAGUGGCCGAAACCCUGGUGGACGUGGACCAAACCGCAGUAAGGGUCGUAUUUUAGGCAUCAUCGACGCCAUUCAUGAUGCAGUGGGUCCACCCAAACAAGCUGCAGCCGACCGGCGCACGGUGGAAAAAACCUGGAAGUUCAUGGAUAAAGUUGUCCGCCUCUGCCAAAACCCCAGACUCCAGCUGAAAAACAGCCCCCCGUACAUCCUGGAUAUUUUACCUGAUGCCUACCAGCACCUGAGGCUAAUCCUGGGCAAAUAUGAAGAGAACCAGAGACUCACGCAGCUCAGCGAAAACGAGUACUUUAAAAUCUACAUCGAUAGCCUCAUGAAGAAAUCCAAAAGGGCUAUCCGGCUUUUCAAAGAGGGCAAGGAGAGGAUGUACGAGGAGCAGUCGCAGGACAGGAGGAACCUGACCAAGCUGUCUCUGAUCUUCAGUCACAUGCUGGCGGAAAUCAAAGCCAUCUUCCCAGGAGGACAGUUUCAGGGCGACACUUUCAGGAUCACCAAAGCCGAUGCUGCUGAGUUCUGGAGGAGAUUCUUUGGAGAAAAGACAAUAGUGCCAUGGAAAGUUUUCCGACAGUGCCUUCACGAAGUGCAUCACAUUAGCUCAGGCCUGGAGGCCAUGGCCCUGAAAUCCACCAUCGACCUCACCUGCAACGACUACAUUUCCGUCUUUGAGUUCGACAUCUUCACGCGGCUUUUUCAGCCUUGGGGAUCGAUUCUGAGGAACUGGAACUUCCUGGCGGUAACUCACCCAGGUUACAUGGCGUUCUUAACCUACGACGAAGUCAAGGCGCGACUGCACAAGUACAUCAAUAAGCCUGGCAGUUACAUCUUCAGACUGAGCUGCACACGGCUCGGACAGUGGGCCAUCGGCUACGUGACCAAUGACGGCAACAUCCUGCAGACCAUCCCCCACAACAAACCGCUGUUCCAGGCCCUCAUCGACGGCUACAGGGAGGGCUUUUAUUUGUUUCCCGACGGUCGCAGUUACAACCCUGACCUCACCGGUUUGUGUGAACCGACGCCUCACGAUCACAUCAAAGUGACACAGGAACAGUAUGAGUUGUACUGUGAAAUGGGCUCCACCUUCCAGCUCUGUAAGAUCUGCGCCGAGAACGACAAAGACGUGAAGAUCGAACCCUGCGGUCACCUAAUGUGCACUUCCUGCCUCACAGCCUGGCAGGAGUCAGACGGGCAGGGAUGUCCGUUCUGUCGCUGUGAGAUCAAAGGUACAGAGCCGAUCAUCGUGGAUCCCUUCGACCCACGGAAUGAGGGCACCAAGUGCUUCUUCCUGGACCAGCACAGCUGUCCCAUGUUGGAGCUGGACGAGGACGAGGACAGGGAGGACUGUCUGGUCAUGAACGGACUGGCCAACAUCAGGAAGCACUGUCCCGAACGCCAGAACUCACCCAUGGUGUCCCCCAGCUCUUCACCUGUCAGCCAGCACAGAAAAGCCCACAUAGGAGACCCGGGUCACUGCGUCCAGCACCUCAGCCUUCCCCCCGUCCCGCCACGACUCGACCUCAUCCAGAAGGGCGCCAUCCGUUCCCCCUCGGCCAGUCCCACCGGAUCCCCAAAGUCUUCACCAGGCAUGUCCAGGAAGCAGGACAAGCCUCUCCCAGCCCCCCCUCCCCCCCAGAGGGACCCACCUCCACCGCCUCCCCCCGAGCGGCCUCCUCCCAUCCCCCCAGAGUCUCGCCACUCUUGGCUGGCCCCCUCCUCGUCGCUGUCCUCCUCCAUCUCCUCAUCCACCGGUGCGCUCUCAGACUCCCACAUAUCCUCCGACACCUGGGGCCCCAAAGACAGCCCCCUGACGGACGCCCACAGGACCCCCGGAGCAGACCACCCGUCGCAGCUGGGACUCGGGGGGUGCUCCCACCUGAACAGGAGACCAGAAAGCUGUCCGUCAAUCGGAUCUGGGAGGAUGCAUCAUAGAAUGGACGGGAGCGGAAACUCAGACAGCGCCAAGCCCUUUUCCAACGGCGUGCAAAUCAGCGAUGAGUACGACAUCCUCCCCUCACGGCACUCGCCAACUCAGUCCACGCUUGCCAACAGCCACAAACCCUCCAACCCUUUCAACAGUCCUGUGGUGGAACGACAGCGGGGAGCGAUGGAUCGGCUGGAGGACGACUAUCAGAUCCCCUCGUCCAACCUCUGCCUGAGCCAAGCUCCCGUCUGCAUCUCUGUACCCAGCAGGCACUUGGAGAACGGUUCCCCGGAGCCCUCAAUGGAGGAGAGGAAACCGAGGCUCCCUGAACCUGGUGGACAUUCUGAGUCGGUCCGGGCGUUGGUCUCGGGGGCGGCUCACACCCCCCACUGCUCCUUCAACACCAACAAGACGCCUUCAGACUAUGACAUUCUGCUGCCUCCCCAAGCGUUAGAAGACCCUUUCAACAGCCGCCCUCCGUCCCAGCCUCCUCCGCCUCCUCCUCCUCCGGCGCGCCACAGCUUCGUCGACCUCUCCUCCUCGUCAUCCUGCAACUCCACAUCUUCCUCCUCCAUCAUCGCACGACCGCACAGGCCCUCCUCCGGACACGAGCACCUGCUGUUAACCCCCGACGCAGUGUUUGACAUGCUUAACAACGCCGCUCCUCUGCCUCCAGUCAGACGACAGACAGAAAACCUUAAAGGCAGAGGCUGUCUGGAGUAUGACCUUUUACCAACCAGCCAUGUAUCCUCAGAGUGUUUGCAGGCCCCCGCCAGGCCGCCCAAGCCGCUGCCCAGGAAGAUUCCUCCUGACAUCCACCCGGGUAAACCCCACAGCCUGGAGUCGGAGAACGUGGACGCCAAGAUCGCCAAGCUGAUGGGGGAGGGGUACUCGUUUGAGGAUGUGAAGCGGGCGCUGAUGAUCGCCCAGAACAAAGUGGACGUGGCUCGGAACAUUUUGCGAGAGUUUGCCUUAGUGGCCCCGAGACUGAACCUCUAGUUGCAGUUGUGCCUCCGAAAUGGACCGACUAAAAAAGGGCUUCUCCGGUCUGCUUUGGCCUCGGACUGUUGGAACAGCAACGCAAACGCAGAAGACAUUUCAAGGGCGACUUGCCUUUUAGUCGCCGAACAGAGAGGACGACGCACAACAAAAGUGGCUAAAACCAAAUCACGUUGGAACACAGAUUCAGAAACAAACAGAAAAAAAAA